AUGCCCCAACCUGCUGAACCGGUUAUGAAUUUUGAAGACAUCACAACAGUUACGGCGGAAUCUGCACAGAUACUAAGACAAUGCUUCUCGCAAUUCAGGCUAGACGAGGUAUUUUUAUCGUUCAACGGUGGGAAAGACUGCACUGUCCUCUUAGACUUAACUAUAAACAUAUUAAGAGACAUACACCAGAAAGAUGAUAUCGCAAAAGAUCUGAAAGUCAUAUACAUGCGCACCAAGGGCCCUUUUAGAGAAAUCGAAUCUUUUAUAGAAGAGAUUGAGGCCCAUUAUAAAGUGAAAUUACUAGUGAUUGAAGGGGAAAUGAAGAGUGCUCUAGAAAAUAUAUUAGAAGGGGACAGGAGAUUGAAAGCCUGCUUAAUGGGAACGAGACGGACUGAUCCUUUUAGCCAGAGCUUGAAGUUUAUGCAGAAAACAGAUACCUCGUGGCCUCAAGUAGUUCGUGUGUUCCCACUUCUGAAUUGGAGCUAUCAUCAAAUCUGGACCUACAUCCUUCAACGACAUGUGCCUUAUUGCAGUCUAUAUGAUAUUGGCUACACAUCAAUAGGUAGCGUCCAAAAUACCUGCCCUAACCCGUCUCUGGCAUACAGCAUCAGCGGACACAUCGCGUACAAGCCCGCGUGGUUGCUCACCGACCCAGCAAUGGAACGCGCCGGCAGAAUGACCCAACCCGUCAACGGGCACAAAACUGACAAGACCGUGACCGACAGUUGCAUAGGCAACGGACUUAACGUUACAUAG